AUGCCCGACCAAGAUUUCAGAAGCGAAAGCCAAACAUGUCUUAUCAGACACGACACGGCCGAAAGAACACAUACCGUAGUCGCGCAGAAGGGAAGGAAGGAGUCCCUCUAUCAGCGGCUCCAGAGCAAGAAGAGAGGUGAAAUUUCGGAGGAAGACCUGUUGAAGUACACCGGCAUGAGCAAAAACGGACUAGCGGAAUGGGCCAAGGACCGGCCUGGCGUUGGCAGAAACAAACGUGGGGAGGCCCCCCCGGAGGCUGCGAGCAUUGUUACCUCAGGCUGCUAA